AUGAAGGAAAAAAAACGUUCUCCGCUUUUAACAAAAAAAUUACGAUUACAAUGGGCUAGACAUCCUAUGGCCCGAGAUGAAAAAGGGUGGAAGGUUGUGUGGUCAGAGGAGAAAAAAUUUAAUUUAGACGAUCCUGACGGCUUUUCUUAUUGCUGGCAUGAUCUACGUAAAGAGGAAGAAAUUUUAUCAACUCGGCCUCAAGGUGGUGGAAGUGUUAGGACUGGGACAUCUUUUGGUUGGGGUGGUAAAAGCUCAAUAUGUUUUCUAGAUGGGCGAGUGAACUCAAAUGGGUAUCGAGAGACGCUAAAGAAUCAUCCAGUUAACAUUGGUGCUAGUACUGGUGGAUCUUAUUGGAUUUUUCAGCAAGAUAAUGGUUCUGUUCAUCGGGCGGCGGUCAAUGUUACUUGA